AUGGUAUCCGCAGCAUUCUCCGCCAACACCACAUCUCAAGCUACUCUGCAGCUAUCGCAACUUUCCACGCACCAUACUUCGGCGCCGUACAAAAACAUCGAAGAAACUAAAGCUCGAACCAAACUUCUACUGGUGCUCCUUAUCGUGGCGGUAGUCGACAGAGCGUGCACGGAUAGCCAAUGUCCGAAUUCAUCGGAAAAUGAUUUGGAAAUAGAGGGCGUCUUAGCGCAUCAAGACUGCGACAAGUUCUACAAAUGCUUUCAGGGAAAACCACUCGAAGUGCUCUGUCCAAAAUGGCUCUUCUUCGACUUAAAGAACCUGCGAUGCGAUUGGGGGUAUAACGUCAAUUGCAGCGGUCGCAAUAUUCCAGAGCAAUCGGAUCCUUUGGAUGACGAUGAAAUAACCAACAACGCCGAAUCGGAGAGCGAGUAUGCGGAUGCUGAUGAAAACAUUUAUGAUGACAGCGAGCAGGAGGCCGUCAGCGUGGGCUUGGAGUUUUUCCAAAACGGCUGCCCAGUGAAUCCUACAGUGCAGUGGCGAUUACCCCAUGAGGAGGAAUGCAAUCAAUUCUAUUACUGCCUUUGGGGAAUGAAACUCAAACGAAGGUGUCAGCCUUAUUUGCAUUUCAACAAAAAGAUUCAGGUCGGUGGCAAGUUAGAUUUCUCUCUA